UGCAAUAUGUUACGCGUAAUUUAUAGAAUAAUACUUGGCUUCGAAGUGAUUUAAUAUAAAGAUAGAAUAUGGCGGAAAUUCGGUAUUAUAAUCCUAGUAAUAUUUUUGUAAACAAUAAUCGUCCUGAGCGCAUGGCAGGAGCGGCGAACUUUGCCUUGGCAAGAUCGUUUGUCCUCAGUCGGGAUAUACACGAUAAUAGAGCCUAUGUAACAAAUGCCGGAGCUGUUGCGCUUUAUCAUCGAAAUGGUAUAAUAAAAUAUAUGGACAAAGAAUAUGAUGCCAUAUCAGACCGUAUCGAGGGUACUACGUAUGGUCAUACAGAGAGAAAAUUAAUAAUGGAUUUGUUAGAUGAUUUGAUAUCUACCAAUCCAAACGAUAAAUUCAGGGUACCAAGACUCAAAUCAAUUCAAUGGAGGGAUGGGCAACAGGCGGCACUUGAAUAUUUAACUGACAAUGCCGCUAUGUAUAAACGAUACUUGGAGGAAAAAGGAAUUAUAGUUAAGAUGUGGUCCGAGCGGAAGCCUUGUAAUUACACAUAUGAAGGAGGCCCUUGUGAAGACUUUCUCAGAAAUAUUUGCCCAGAAGGGAGUCAAAUUGGGUAUAUCGUCGAAAAUCAUCGCGCGCCAGAAGAAGAAGUGCAGGCCACUUUUGAAGAAUUGGAAAAUGCUUAUCAAGCUUGGAAGGCGAGUAAGAAAAAAAAAAGAAGAAUCAAUCGAUGCUUUAUAUAAUCAAUGAAAACAUAACUGUAGACAUAAUUCAAAACUCAAUAAGGUUCUACAUAUAAUUUUGACAAGAGCAAUAAUAUUUGAUAUAUGGAUAGAAACGAUUUUAUCUUUCAAGAAAUAAUGGCAUGAACAUAGUAAUACAUAUAGCAUUUCUGAUGGAAGCCACGUUUAAACUCGCCGAUUUUAAUUUGUAUAAGUUGAAGUUGAAUCUAAAUUAUACAUGUGCAAUAUUUUUAAUAACU